AUGGCGAUGAAUGCAAUCAAAUCAAGUAGAGAAGCGCUUAUUCAAAGGUUAAGUAAAUCUAAAACAGAAGCUAAAAACGAGAUAAGGGAUUUCCGAAAAGCGAUGGAAACGCUUCUAAAAUCUCUCGAGAAAGAAUCUUUAAAAGAAAUUGAAGAACAAUUCAGGCAAAUGAAGCUACAAUUAGAGGAGGAGAAAAAAGGAGCAGAAGAUGAAUUGGCCAUUUUAAAACAAGCUGAGGAGGGUCUCGUGAAAGCAGAAGGGAACCGAGCCCAACAAUUUGUUUCCCUGAAAAGUGCGCAGAAUAUAAUUGCUCAAAACGAAGAGAUGUCUCGCUCAUUACGAUUAACAAAUGAUGCCAAUAUAUCAUUCGCUCCCGAUUCAACUAUACGUAAUUUCUUAUUAAACUGUAAGACGCUUGGAUCAGUCAACCACCAUGUUGCCACACAGAUGCAACAGAGGAAAGCGCUGUAUGCAAUUAAGGCAAGAAGAGAAUUUAAUAUCAAAAUGCAAAAUGAUGCGUCAUCCUGUUGGGUAAAUGGUUCAUGUUUAACAGAAGACGGUGCCCUGCUUAUGGCUGACUACAAAAACAACACACUGAAACGAGCAAACAAUGUCACAAAUCCAGUGCUGGAUCAUUGUAAAUUACCCGAUCACCCUUUAAGUGUAUGCUGCGUAAGUAAGCACGAAGCGGCCGUCACUUUGAAUAAAAACACUGUUCAAUUUGUCUCCCUUGCAGAUCAGAUGACGCCUACACGUCAGAUAAAGCUGACCCAUGAUUGCUUUGGUAUCGCUUACAAGGGAGAUAAAUUGUAUAUAACUGAUAACAUUAACUCACUCUAUAUACACGAUAUGACAGGAAACCUACUGAAGAAAGUCUUACAAAACAUUCCCGGGAGUCGGCAUAUUGCCUUCAGUGAUACUGGAAAUGAAACGUUUGUAAUAUGUCUGGGUAUAGGCCUUAUAACUAUUGAUGUGAAUGCAAAACAUACGAACACUUACACUGCUUCAGAUAUCUCAGAUUCAACAGGAAUUUGUUCAGAUGGAAGUGGCAAUCUGUUUGUGUGUGGAUUCAAUUCUAGUAAUGUUGUCCAGAUUGGACAAGAUUUAAAUAAAAUUGGUGAAAUAGUGAAACGAUCAAAUGGACUGAAAAAUCCUCAGUCGCUGUGCUAUGACCACCGGACUUCAACUUUGAUCGUCACACAAUCACACCAAUCAAACAGCGACAUAGUGAAAUUAUUCGACUUACAAUAA